AGCCCUUAGGUUUUAAGGGCGGGAGGUUUUCCGAUAAGGCUCCGCUCCACUCUGUGGCGCCACCGAAUCCUCGCCGUUCCUCAAGCCCAUGGAAGCAGUUGCUUCUCAUUCCUUGCUUUCGUUUUCUUCCAAUCUUUGCGAAGCAAAAGUAUACUGGAAGCCAUGUCCGCAGAGGAAAAGAACCAAUGUUAGUUUGGAGAUAUUUGCUCGUGGCAUGCUGGCUCCGAGAAAGUUCAUUCAAAGGAGGAAGAAAGAAGAGGUUUUUAAGGAUGCUGCUGAAGAAACAAAGCAAAAGAGUUGGAGGAGAAUGAUGAGGGAGAUUGAAGAGCAGGGAUGUGCUGUGCAAGUUCUUAGGAUUCAAAGAACCAAAGCGCAGGCACUUCCUAGAGAUAUUGUUCUUGGAACCCUUGUGAGAUUUAAGCAGUUGAAGAAAUGGGGCAUUGUUGGUGAGAUUCUUGAAUGGCUUAGGAGCCAGCAUUGGUGGGACUUCAGUGAGAUGGAUUUUUUAAUGCUUAUAACAGCUUAUGGAAAGACGGGGGAUUUCAACCGGGCUGAGCGGGUCCUCAAGUAUAUGAACAAGAAAAGCUAUACUCCAAAUGUAAUAUCUUACACAGCCUUGAUGGAAGCAUAUGGAAGAGCUGGACAGUACAGCAAGGCCGAAGCUAUCUUUCGCCGGAUGAAAUCAUCAGGGCCUGAGCCAUCUCCUGUAACAUAUCAGAUCAUUCUUAAAACUUUCGUUGAGGCAAACAAAUUUGGGGAAGCUGCAGCAGUUUUCCAAAAUCUUUUGAGUGAGGAGAGGGCAACUUUUAUGCCUGACCAGAAAAUGUUCCAUAUGAUGAUUUACAUGUACAGAAAGGCUGGCAAUUACGACCAGGCUCGUAAAAUAUUUUCCCAAAUGUCUGAAAAGGGGAUUCCACAAAGUACUGUUAGCUUUAAUAGCCUAAUGUCUUUUGAAACUAGCUACAAGGAGGUUUCGAGUAUAUAUGACCAGAUGCAACGAUCCGGGCUCAGACCUGAUGUGGUGAGCUAUACACUUCUAAUCAGUGCGUAUGGGAAGGCCAGGAGAGAGGAUGAAGCUUUGGCUGUUUUUGAGGAGAUGCUAAGUGCUGGUGUCAGGCCAACACGCAAAGCAUACAACAUUUUGCUGGACGCAUUUGCAAUUUCUGGGAUGUUACAGGAAGCGAAGACUGUUUUCAAGAGCAUGAGAAGAGACAAAGUGACUCCAGAUCUCUGUUCUUACGCAACAAUGAUUGCCGCAUAUGUCAAUGCUUCUGACAUGGAUGGAGCAGAAAAAUUCUUCCGCCGCUUGAAAGAAGAUGGUUUAAAACCUAAUGCUAUUGUCUAUGGAACGCUGAUGAAAGGUUAUGCAAAGGCAAAUAAUGUUGAAAGAGUGAUGCGUGUAUAUGAGAGAAUGAGGCUGCAAGGUGUUGAACCUAAUCAAACAAUAUAUACUAUCAUCAUGGAUUCAUAUGGUAAGAACUCAGAUUUUGGAAGUGCUGUUAUUUGGUUCAAGGAGAUGAGGAGAUGUGGGCUCCCUCCUGACCAGAAAGCAAAGAACAUUCUUUUGUCUCUUGCAAAAACACCGGAAGAACAGAAGGAAGCGAAUGAGCUCGUGGUUAAUACGGCCAGUGGUAUCUGCAAGCCAACGGGCGGGAAAUCCGGCGAGUUUGAUGGCGAUUAUGUUGAAGGGACAGUUGAAGAUCAGCCUUCGUUUGGUGACAAGGAAGCUAAGGUUUGUCUCAUGGAAAGGGGGACAAGUAAACAUCUGUAUGUUGGGGAUGAUAGUGAUGAUGAGGAGGAAGAUGAAGAGGAUGAGGAUUUAGAUUUUGUUUCUUUUGAAGAAAAGGAAGAACUUUUAGUUGCCAAACAAUUAUUUGAUUCUGAAUGUGAAAAUUAAAGUGGUGAAUGAAUUCUUAAAAAUUGUUUGUUGAGGCAUUCUUGCAGAUGUUUGUGUUUCAACU